AAUUUUCUUAUCCCCUUUCUAUCUUCUUCUUCCUCUCCACGCAUACUUCUUCCUGCCUCGAGGAAGCGGUCAUGGCCGGAGCAGCAGCAGCCGCCGUGGCCUCCGGGAUCUCGAUCCGGCCGGCAGUUGCGCCUAAGUCCUCGCUCGCUCCCCGCGGUAGGUCGAUGGUGCGGGCCGCCGUCUCCGUCGAGAAGGGCGCGAGUGCGUACACGGUCCAGAAGUCCGAGGAGAUCUUCAACGCCGCCAAGGAAUUGAUGCCUGGCGGCGUUAAUUCACCAGUCCGAGCCUUUAAAUCAGUUGGCGGGCAGCCCAUAGUCUUUGAUUCUGUAAAGGGUUCUCAUAUGUGGGAUGUUGAUGGCAAUGAAUAUAUUGAUUAUGUUGGAUCCUGGGGUCCUGCAAUCAUUGGUCAUGCAGAUGAUACGGUGAAUGCUGCACUGAUUGAAACUCUGAAGAAGGGAACUAGCUUUGGUGCUCCAUGCGCAUUGGAGAAUGUGUUAGCUCAGAUGGUUAUCUCUGCCGUGCCAAGCAUCGAAAUGGUCCGUUUUGUAAAUUCAGGGACAGAAGCCUGCAUGGGAGCACUCCGCCUUGUACGUGCAUUCACUGGGAGGGAAAAGAUCCUCAAGUUCGAGGGCUGUUACCAUGGCCAUGCAGAUUCCUUCCUUGUUAAAGCUGGCAGUGGUGUUGCCACCCUUGGCCUCCCAGACUCCCCUGGAGUUCCCAAAGGAGCAACCGUUGGAACUCUAACGGCACCGUACAAUGAUGCUGAGGCAGUAAAAAAAUUGUUUGAGGAUAACAAAGGUGAGAUUGCUGCAGUCUUCCUUGAGCCGGUUGUCGGCAACGCUGGCUUCAUUCCUCCAAGUCCUGCUUUCUUGACUGCUCUUCGUGAGUUGACCAAACAAGACGGUGCACUUCUGGUCUUUGAUGAAGUGAUGACUGGUUUCCGUUUAGCGUAUGGUGGGGCUCAAGAGUACUUUGGGAUCACCCCUGAUGUGACAACCUUGGGGAAAAUUAUUGGUGGUGGUCUUCCGGUUGGUGCUUAUGGUGGGCGGAAGGACAUCAUGGAGAUGGUUGCUCCAGCAGGGCCGAUGUACCAGGCAGGAACCCUCAGUGGAAACCCUCUAGCUAUGACUGCUGGAAUCCACACGCUCAAGCGUCUGAUGGAGCCUGGCACCUAUGAAUACUUGGACAAGAUAACCGGCGAACUUGUCCGUGGGAUAUUGGAUUCGGGCACUAAAACAGGGCACGAGAUGUGUGGAGGACACAUCAGAGGAAUGUUCGGGUUCUUCUUCGCUGGUGGCCCGGUUAACAACUUUGACGAUGCCAAGAAGAGUGACACAGCAAAGUUUGGGAGGUUCCACCGUGGAAUGCUCGAAGAAGGUGUGUAUCUUGCGCCCUCGCAGUUCGAGGCAGGUUUUACCAGCUUGGCACACACACCCCAGGACAUCGAGAAGACGGUGGAGGCUGCAGAGAAAGUUCUUCGACGGAUAUAGGCAAUUCUUCCGGCAAACUUGUUGAAGUGUCCCCUUGUGUUGUACUCUGAUAUAGUUCUACGCCGUGGAAGUUCAGUUUUGUAUUGUAUUGUAUUGUGCAGCAGCAGUACAUUGAUCUCUAGACCAUUUCGUUCUUUCUGAAUUACAGUAGUAGCACUCUUUUUGCACUGGCAAUAAAACUCCGUCCUACAACCUGGAUUA